AAUCCCAGCACUCAGGAGGCAGAGGCAGGAGGAUUCCGAGUUCAAGGCCAGCCUUGCCUAUAGAGUGAACUCCAGGAGGUAGAGAAAACCUUUUUUAACAAGUACGGCAGCAUCUACAGAUAAUCUCAGUACUUGUGAAGUAGAGGCAGAGAAGUAGACAUUCGAGGCCAACCUUGGCUAUGUAAAGAGUUCAAGACCAGCCUGGGCUAUGUGGGAUCCAGUCUUCAAAUAAAACGUGAAUACCGACCUUGUAUCCUUUUACUGCUGUGAGGGACUUUCCUCCCCACGCCCUUUCGUUGUGGGAGAAUAAACAGCACAUUUGUUUUCAGUUCUGUCCUGUGUGGUCUCGAGCAGGGAAACCUUGGAAGCAUCCAAGCCUGUCGCUUUCUCUCCGUUUUCCAAGUGGUUUCUUUCAUCGGCCCAUUUUCAGUUUGCUGUUCAUGGUUCCCAGUCCUCAUUGAACGUCAUUCAUACCUUCUGAGAAAGCAGGGAUCCACAUCACCCUCUCAUUCUAAUCUCAGAUGGUGUCUUCUCCCCUAACGUUUCACCACGCCUCAAAUACCAAGCAUUCUUAGUACAAACCAGCCACAACCCGCCAUCGCAAUAUCGAAAUGCAAGUUCCUAACCCCUAAUCCUUGUCUGUUUUGAUCUUUCAGGGUCUUCUUUUUACUGUACAGUGUUAUUUCUUAAAUAACACCUUUUCUAUAACCUGUACCUCUCAUGCCUUAGAGUGGCAGUUACACUUACAGACAGAGAGAAAGGGUCACGGGCAAGACAGAACAGGUAUGUGUCCAGCUGAGGAGCCCUGCGCCGGGCGGCGAUGCAGGCAUGGCAGGCAGAUUUGGAAGGGGAAAACAGGCAGUUACAAACGGCGCCAGUUUGCCCAGCACGAGGAGUGGUGGUGGUGGUUGGCUAAAACGCUGAAGAACACGCUUUGUAAGGGUCGCCAUCUGGGCGCGCUCCUUGCCUGGCAUGGCUCCCUUUCCCCCUGGCUCUGCCCCUCCCUCUGAAGACAGCUCUUCCUGGAAGCCCUUCCAGUGACCACCCAGGAAUGCGGGCUCCCUUACAACAUGCAGUGACAGCCGAGAAAAGGACGUUAAAGCUGGAAAUAUCCUCCUCACAGAACCAGGGCAGGUGAAACUGGCUGACUUUGGAUCCGCCUCCACGCGUUCUCCUGCCAAUUCCUUCGUGGGGACGCCAUACUGGAUGGCCCCAGAGGUGAUCUUGGCCAUGGAUGAAGGAAAGUACGAUGGGAAAGUUGACAUCUGGUCGCUCGGCAUCACCUGUAUAGAACUGGCCGAGCGGAAGCCCCCCCUCUUCAACAUGAACGCCAUGAGCGCCCUCUACCACAUCGCCCAAAAUGACUCACCCACGCUACAGUCCAGAGAAUGGACCGACUCCUUCAGGAGAUUCGUUGAUUACUGCUUGCAAAAAAUACCUCAAGAAAGACCAGCUGCGGUGGAACUGUUACGGCACGACUUCAUUCGGAGGGAGCGGCCACCACGGGUUCUCAUUGACCUCAUACAGAGGACAAAAGAUGCUGUCCGAGAGUUGGACAACCUGCAAUACAGAAAAAUGAAGAAGAUUCUCUUCCAGGAGACUCGAAAUGGACCCUUGAAUGAGUCACAAGAGGAAGAAGAGGACAGUGAACACGGAAGCAACCUGAACAGGGAGGUGGACAGCUUGGGCAGCAUCCACUCUAUCCCCAGCGUGUCAGUGAGCACAGGCAGCCGGAGCAGCAGUGUGAACAGCAUGCAGGAGGUCAUGGACGAGAGCAGCUCCGAGCUCGUCAUGAUGCAGGAGGAUGACGGCACGGUCAACUCCGGCUCCUCCAUGGUACACAAGAAGGAUCAUGUAUUCGUAAGGGAUGAGGCGGGCCACGGCGAUCCCAGGCCUGAGCCGCGGCCUACCCAGUCAGUUCAGAGCCGGGCCCUCCACUAUCGGAACCGAGAGCGCUUUGCCACGAUCAAAUCCGCGUCUUUGGUUACACGGCAGAUCCACGAGCAUGAGCAGGAGAACGAGCUGCGGGAACAGAUGUCAGGUUAUAAGCGGAUGCGGCGCCAGCACCAGAAGCAGCUGAUCGCCCUGGAGAACAAGCUGAAGGCUGAGAUGGAUGAGCACCGCCUCAAACUCCAGAAGGAGGUGGAGACGCAUGCCAACAACUCGUCCAUCGAGCUGGAGAAGCUGGCCAAGAAGCAAGUGGCUACCAUUGAAAAGGAGGCGAAGGUAGCCGCAGCGGAUGAGAAGAAGUUCCAGCAGCAGAUCCUGGCCCAGCAGAAGAAGGACUUGACAACUUUCUUAGAGAGUCAGAAGAAGCAGUACAAGAUUUGUAAGGAAAAGAUUAAAGAGGAAAUGAAUGAGGAUCAUAGCACACCCAAGAAGGAGAAGCAGGAACGGAUAUCGAAGCAUAAAGAAAACCUGCAGCAUACGCAGGCUGAGGAGGAAGCGCACCUGCUCACCCAGCAGAGACUGUACUACGACAGAAACUGCCGCUUCUUCAAGCGGAAGAUAAUGAUCAAGCGCCAUGAGGUGGAACAGCAGAACAUUCGGGAGGAACUAAAUAAGAAGCGGACCCAGAAGGAAAUGGAGCAUGCCAUGCUGAUCCGGCACGACGAGUCCACCCGAGAGCUGGAGUACAGACAGUUGCACACACUGCAGAAGCUCCGCAUGGAUCUGAUCCGGCUACAGCACCAGACGGAGCUGGAGAACCAGCUGGAGUACAAUAAGAGGCGGGAGCGGGAGCUGCACCGGAAGCAUGUCAUGGAGCUUCGGCAACAGCCGAAAAACUUAAAGGCCAUGGAAAUGCAGAUUAAAAAGCAGUUUCAGGACACUUGCAAAGUACAGACCAAGCAGUACAAAGCACUCAAAAACCACCAGUUGGAAGUCACUCCAAAGAAUGAGCACAAAACAAUCCUAAAGACACUGAAAGACGAGCAGACGAGAAAACUGGCCAUUUUGGCAGAGCAGUAUGAACAGAGCAUAAAUGAGAUGAUGGCCUCUCAGGCGUUACGGCUGGAUGAGGCGCAAGAGGCGGAGUGCCAGGCCUUGAGACUACAGCUCCAGCAGGAGAUGGAGCUGCUCAAUGCCUACCAGAGCAAAAUCAAGAUGCAGACGGAGGCCCAGCACGAGCGUGAGCUGCAGAAGCUAGAGCAGAGGGUGUCUCUGCGCAGAGCGCAUCUGGAGCAGAAGAUUGAAGAGGAGCUGGCCGCCCUGCAGAAGGAACGCAGUGAGAGGAUCAAGAUUCUCCUGGAAAGACAAGAGCGAGAGACGGAGACCUUUGACAUGGAGAGCCUCAGAAUGGGGUUUGGGAAUUUGGUGACAUUAGAUUUUCCUAAGGAGGACUAUAGAUGAGAUUAAAUUUUUUUGCCAUUUACAAAAAAAAAAAAUGAAAAAAAGAAAACAAAAAAAUUCAGACCUUACAAAACUACAUUCCCCAUUUUAACGGGCGUUGCUCUCACUUCACACUCUCUCUCUCUUUCUCUCUCUCUCUCCCUCUCUCUCUCUUUCUCUCUCUCUUCCUGACAUCGUGUCGGACUAGUGCCUGUUUUCUUACUCCAUCAGGGGCCCUUUCCUCCCCCAUAUCAACUGUCAGUGCUGGCCUGCCCGGCCGCCCCUACUGUCCACCGUCCACGCCCAGUACCGGUGUGGCCCACAGAGGUUCUGGUGAAAACCUUGCAAGUGGCAUUAGGGUCAGUCAGUCAAUCAACAAACGGCGAUGGAACACAGAUGUAUGUUGCUUUAAGCAAUCCCUCAUUGUCACCAACCAGUGAAAGUAAAGCAAAAAAAGAAAAACUAAAGAAAGAAAACUAAAUAAAUAAAUACAUGCCAAGGGGGAGAGAGACACAAAAUCCGCAGCCUUACACCUUAACCAGCUGCUGCAUAAUUUUAUUUUAUUUUAUUUUUUUGGUAUUUAUUCAUCAGGAAUUAAAAAAAACAAAGUUUUAUUAAAGAUUGAAAAUUUGAUACAUUUUACAGGAACUAAUUGUGAUGUACAUAUGAAGCGGUAACAUAUUAUUACUAUUUUGGGGCCGGGGUGGGUGGGCGGGGUGAAGAGAGCUUGUGAUUUUUAAGAACCUGCCGGCGAGCGUUUGCCUUGCCGUCAGCCUGGUCUACUGUAUCCCGGCAUCCUCUGCUGUUGCGGACGGUGCGAAUACACGUACGGAACUCACAGAAUCCCAGUAGCACAAAAUUGGGCUUUGGCAAAUCAUGUAUUUUGUGUAUAGAGGGAAUCUAAGGAGAGGAAUUGCUUAUUUUCAUAUUGUAUUUUAACUGUUUCUCUGAUCAAAAUUUUUUUACUUCCUCCUCCUGUUCCUCCCCCCACCCACGCCCACCCCCCCACGGUUUCCAGUUCAGUCUCUGGAGUUCAAUGUCUUUUCAGUCCAAUCAUCUCCGUUUAUUUCUCCUUCCCCUCCCCGCGCCCCCUAUCUUUGGUCAUAAAUAUUGCAUUAUCCAUCCUUUCAAACUGUGUAUUUUCUUACAAUAAAAAAUGAUGAAGAAAAAAAGGCUUUACUCCUUUUGCAUGCACCUUAAAAAAAAAAAAAACACUUAAACAUUUUUCAGGUUCCAAGGGAGAGCAUGGUUAACUGUCAGGGCUUUUACUUAUAUUUGUAAAUAAAAGUGUUCGUCACA